AUGGUGGUUCAUUACGUUGAGCGACGCCCCUACCGGAGGAUAUGUGGUGUGUUUCCCACCUUAUUUUUGAACCUCAAUGGGAUAUUUCUCAUACCCUUCCGAAUCACGAUGUGGGUUGUGCAUUUCACCGCUUUAAUCUGCGUUUCGAGAGGUAGCAAGCGCAUGAUCAUCGAGAGCUCCCUUCCGGAUGAGUAUCUUCACGCGGAUUAUGUUUUCCUUUGUAACGCCACAAAUCUUUGUCUCGCGACCAGCUUUUUGUGCUUAUUCUUUAAUAUGUGGGGGAUCGUAACCGGCCGCACGCUGCGCUACGGCUUAGACAACUUUUUCCAGGGCGCGUGUGAUGGCGCUGCAGGGGUGCUGCUUAUCUUGGCGUGGCGUUUCACCGCACACGUCGCGCGCUUAUGGCAUGUCUUCUACUUUUUCACCAUUAUACCGACGGGGUUUGAACUGUUGGUUUUGCUAAAUUCAUAUAUUAAGGGAAUUGACAUCUAUUCCUAA